AUGAUCUCUUACGCCGGAGUCGUUGGGAGCCUGAGGCUAGCACGAAUCUGGUUCGACGAUCUCAAAGGCAAGGGGCUCAAGCAAUCGACGAGGUGCUGCAAUGCUCUCAUCCUCGCCUACGCCAAGAAAGGUGACGCUCAAACCGCGGUCUCCAUCCUCGAACAGACGAAAGCCUUCCGCAAGGGGUGCUCGCCAAACGCAGUCACGUACUACAUCCUCAUCGCCAUGUUUGCGAGUCUGGGUGACUCGCCAGGCCUCGCAAAUCUCCUGCGCGACAGCGAGUGCUCGAGCUUUCGUUCCGACGCCAUGACUUACAACACUCUCCUCUGCGGCUACUCGAAGAUGGGAAUGCCGGAGGAUUUCGACAAGACACACGGGGAAAUGGUGGAGGAACUUAGCGAGGAGAGCUACAAGGCGUUGCUCGUUGGAUACUCGCGGCGGGAUCGUCUCGACGAGCUCCAGUGCUGUGUGGGGGAGAUGCUAGCCAGGGAGAUGAGUCUGGCAUCACCGGUGGUGGCAGAAGAGAUCGCCAAGGCUUACAGAAGAAAUCGAUGGGUGGAAGGAUUGGACAUGCUUUUUCCAGAAUAUGGACUCACUGGCUGGAAGGAUUUCUUGAAAACCAUGCUGCUGGAAUUCAUGGUACGUGGCAAACAAAAGCUGCAAUAA